CCCGAGGUUUGUUGUUGUUUUACAUGUUCGCUUUGUCUUUUGUGUUCAGCAGUAAUCAUGUCUGCCUGUGUAUUGAAAUUUCUCGACCAAAUGUUGUUAUACUGUUUGCUGAUGAUCUUGGUUAUGGGGAUCUUGAAUCUUACGGUCAUCCAACGUCAGUAACACCCAAUCUGAAUAACUUAUCCUCAAACGGAUUGCAGUUUAUGCAGUUUUAUGUGACUUCUCCUGUGUGUAGUCCAUCAAGGGCAGCACUUCUAACUGGUCGCUAUCAGACACGCUCAGGAGUAUGGCCAGGUGUCUUUAUACCAAGCUCCACAGGGGGCCUUCCACACAAUGAAGUCACUAUAGCUGAGAUCCUACAACCAUUAAACUACUCCACUGCAAUUGUUGGCAAAUGGCACUUAGGAGCUGGCAAGGAUGGCAACUUCCUACCCAUCUACCAGGGUUUUGAUGAGUAUUAUGGGAUACCAUAUUCUCAUGAUAUGUGCUUUUGCUCUAAGUGCUUCUACCCUAAUGACAGAUGUUUUGAUAACUGUGACACCCAGUACUCAAGGUGUCCACUCUAUCAUGGUAAAACAAUCAUUGAACAACCAGUUGAUCUUGUGACUUUGGAGAAACGCUACACCAGCUAUGCCAAAGAGUAUAUAUCCAGGAAUGCACAAAAUAAAACACCAUUCUUCUUGUACUACGCCUACCAACACACCCACCACCCACAGUUUGCCAGUGAAGAGUUUAGAAACAGCACAAUUAGAGGAACAUUUGGUGAUUCUUUGGCUGAGCUUGAUUGGAGUGUUGGCCAGAUCAUUGACCAGCUUCAUACCAGUGGAGUUGCACAGAACACCUUUGUGUUCUUCACCUCUGACAAUGGGCCAAGUAUCUUCAGAGAGUACAGAGGUGGGUGUGCUGGGCUUCUCAAAUGUGGAAAAGGUACAACCUACGAGGGUGGACAACGGGUACCAGCUAUUGCCUACUGGCCUGGCAAAAUUAAGCCAGGGCGUACCCAAGAGCUAGCCAGUACCCUUGACCUGUUGCCUACUGUAGCUAACAUUACUGGUGCCUCUUUGCCUGCCAGCACAACCCUUGAUGGUGUUGAUAUGUCACAGAUUUUAUUUGAGAGAAUGAAGAGUCAAAGAGAAUCCUUCCUGUACUACCCAGCAGAAGCAAACCCCAAGCAAGGCGUCUUUGCAGUUCGCUACAAGCAGUACAAGGCCCAUUAUAUCACAAAAGGAAGUACUCUCUCGGGACCCACCAACGUUGAUCAUGACUGCAGUAAUACUAGUCUUAUUCAUCAUUCCCCUCCACUCCUGUUUGAGCUUAAUCGUGACCCCGGUGAACGCUAUGACCUCAGUACUGACAAACACUAUCAGAGUGUACUUAAAGAGAUAGGAAAAAUAAGAGAUAAAUUGGUUUCUGGAAUGACAUGGGGGAAAUCCCAGAUUAAUGGAACCGAUCCAAAUGUAGAGCCAUGCUGCAACUCUGGCUGCAAACCCUUUCCUAAAUGCUGUACAUGCAAAGGGUCAGAGGUGAACUUUAUCACAGUAUAACCUCAAUACAAUAAGAAUAGACUGUGCAUAUUGGAACAUUGUUAGGAACCCUGGCUUCCCAUGUAAACUGCUGUAAAGAACACAAAAUCAUGCAGUUUACAUUCAAAUAAUGUGCAAGAAUAUGAGUUUGAACAAUCAAGUACUGGUACCAACUCUACUAAUGGUCUUGCCACUGUUUAAGAAUAGAUGGAAUUAUUUUUUAAAGGAAACAAUAAAGUGCACAAUCUGUAAUGAUUUCACUCUGAGAGCUCACAUUGCAUGGAUCCUUUGGUGUAAAAGGUUAAAGGGAAAUUUGAUUUUCGGGACCACUUUUGAGGUUUCCAAAGGGAUUAAUAAAUAUGUGAAGGUUGUAUAAAAUGAAAUAUUUGCAAAACAUGUUUUAAAAUAGUAAAUUUAUAUAUUUUUUAUGCUGGUUUAUAUUGAGGUUUUAACAAUUUAAGGGUUGUGCAUUAAAAACAGUUUAUUUUUUCACGAAUUCUGAAUUUGAACAAGGUGCAUUAAAUUAUGACAACUGUAAAAUGUAUAAAUAUGUUACUUAAUGUAAAAUUUUUACCUUUUUUGUGCUGUAUGCAUUGAGAAUAAUAGAUGGGUUUUUGAAGGUAAGCUUAAAGGCAGUGGACACUAUUGGAAAUUACUCAAAAUAGUUGUAGCAUAACAACUUACUUGAUAAAA